AUUAAAUGGAGCUCAAAGACCUGUUUCACAGGUUUCCCCAGAGGAAAAUAAUCACGUUGCAUUAUACUUUGGAAGCUGAUAGAGGCAAGAUUUCUGAGACAAGUGCUGGGGUUUACAAGACAGACUUCAGCUUCUCUAAAUCAUUUUGAAGUGCGAUUUAAAGGAUUACAACAUUUGAUUCUCCAUUAGUCCAACAGCAUCAUGGUGGAGCAAGAAGAAUUAUCUUCCUGUGAGCACCCUCUGGAAAAUGGUUAUUCAACGAUAGUUAUGACCUCCCGGUUACGUGCGUUGGGUGGAAGAAUUAAUAAUAUACGCACCUCAGAAUUACCCAAAGAGAAAACUCGAUCCGAAGUCAUCUGCAGCAUCCGCUUUUUAGAUGGCUUGGUACAGACCUUUAAAGUUAAUAAGCAAGAUACUGGUCAAGUUCUUCUGGAUAUGGUGUACAGCCACUUGGGUGUGACCGAGAGAGAGUUCUUUGGUUUGCAGCACGGAGAAGACCCCGUGGACUCGCCCAGAUGGCUGGAAUCAAGCAAACCCAUCAGAAAGCAGUUAAAAGGAGGUUUCCCAUGUACCCUGCAUUUUCGAGUAAGAUUUUUUAUACCUGAUCCCAACACACUGCAGCAAGAACAAACCAGGCAUUUGUAUUUCUUACAACUGAAGAUGGAUAUUUGUGAAGGAAGGUUAACCUGCCCUCUUAACUCAGCAGUGGUUCUAGCAUCCUAUGCAGUACAGUCUCAUUUUGGAGACUAUAAUUCUUCCAUUCAUCAUCCGGGCUAUCUUUCUGAUGGUCAAUUUAUACCAGAUCAGAAUGAUGACUUUUUAACGAAGGUGGAAUCGCUCCAUGAACAGCACAGUGGGCUGAAGCAAUCAGAAGCUGAAUCUUGCUUUAUCAACAUAGCACGGACCCUCGACUUCUAUGGCGUGGAACUACACUGUGGUAGGGAUCUGCACAACUUAGAUCUAAUGAUUGGAAUCGCUUCUGCGGGCAUUGCUGUGUACCGAAAAUAUAUUUGCACAAGUUUCUAUCCUUGGGUGAACAUCCUAAAAAUUUCUUUCAAAAGGAAAAAGUUCUUUAUACAUCAGCGACAAAAACAGACCGAAUCCAGGGAACAUAUUGUGGCCUUCAACAUGUUAAAUUACCGAUCUUGCAAAAACUUAUGGAAAUCCUGUGUCGAGCACCAUACAUUCUUUCAGGCAAAGAAGCUACUACCUCAGGAAAAGAAUGUUCUGUCUCAGUACUGGACUAUGGGCUCUAGGAACCCCAAAAAGUCUAUAAAUAACCAGUAUUGCAAAAAAGUGAUUGGAGGGAUGGUAUGGAACCCAGCCAUGCGGAGAUCUUUAUCAGUGGAACAUUUAGAAACCAAGAGUCUACCUUCUCGGUCCCCUCCUGUUACUCCCAACUGGCGAAGUCCUCGGCUCCGGCAUGAGAUCCGAAAGCCACGGCAUUCUUCUGCAGAUAACCUAGCCAACGAGAUGACAUACAUCACUGAAACCGAAGAUGUGUUCUACACAUACAAGGGCUCCCUGUCCCCAAAAGACAGCGAUUCCGAGGUUUCUCAGAACCGAAGCCCACAGAGAGAGAGUAUAUCCGAGAACAAUCCAGCACAAAGCUGCCUGACCCAGAAGUCAUCCAGUUCUGUGUCUCCAUCUUCAAAUGCUCCAGGCUCCUGCUCACCAGAUGGUGCUGAUCCGCAGUUCUUAGAGGACUUCCACAGGGUGACCAAAGGGGGCUCCACUGAGGACUCCAGCCAGUACUACUGUGACAAGAAUGAUAAUGGUGACAGCUACUUAGUCUUGAUCCGUAUCACACCAGAUGAAGAUGGAAAAUUUGGAUUUAAUCUUAAGGGGGGAGUGGAUCAAAAGAUGCCUCUUGUAGUAUCAAGGAUAAACCCAGAGUCACCUGCGGACACCUGCAUUCCUAAGCUGAAUGAAGGGGAUCAAAUUGUGUUAAUCAACGGCCGCGACAUCUCAGAACACACGCACGACCAAGUGGUGAUGUUCAUCAAAGCCAGCCGGGAGUCGCACACGCGGGAGCUGGCCCUGGUGAUCCGGAGGAAAGUUGUCCACUCAUUUGCUGAGAUCAAAUCUGAGGACGAACUGAACCAGCUUUUCCCAGAGGCCAUUUUCCCCAUGUGUCCAGAGGGAGGGGACACUCUGGAGGGAUCCAUGCGACAGCUAAAGAAGGGCCUCGAAAGCGGGACGGUGCUGAUCCAGUUUGAGCAACUUUAUAGAAAGAAGCCUGGUUUGGCCAUCACGUUUGCAAAGCUGCCUCAAAAUUUGGACAAAAACCGAUACAAAGAUGUGUUGCCUUAUGACACCACCCGGGUAUUAUUGCAGGGAAAUGAAGAUUAUAUUAAUGCGAGUUAUGUGAACAUGGAAAUUCCUGCUGCUAACCUUGUGAACAAAUACAUUGCUGCUCAGGGACCCCUGCCACAUACCUGUACUCAAUUUUGGCAAGUCAUCUGGGAUCAGAAGUUAUCACUCAUUGUCAUGUUGACGACUCUCACAGAGCGAGGGCGGACCAAAUGUCACCAGUACUGGCCUGACCCUCCCGACGUCAUGGAACACGGCAGCUUUCACAUCCGAUGCCAGUCAGAGGAUUGCACCAUCGCUUACGUGUUCCGAGAGAUGCUGGUCACAAACACUGAGACCCGGGAAGAGCACACUGUGACCCAUCUCCAGUAUGUGGCCUGGCCUGACCACGGCGUUCCCGAUGACUCCUCAGACUUCCUGGAAUUUGUAAACUAUGUGCGGUCCCUGAGAGUGGAUGGUGAACCUGUCUUGGUUCACUGCAGUGCUGGAAUAGGUCGAACCGGUGUGUUGGUCACCAUGGAAACAGCCAUAUGCCUAAUUGAGAGAAACCUUCCCGUUUACCCACUGGAUGUUGUCCGAAAAAUGCGAGACCAGCGCGCCAUGAUGGUGCAGACAUCAAGCCAGUACAAGUUUGUGUGUGAAGCGAUUCUUCGUGUUUAUGAAGAAGGCUUAGUCCAAAUGCUGGAUCCCAGUUAAGACAACUGUGAAAACGUUCAUUCCUCUUUCCCAAGGCAUCCUCCUUAAGGACAGACCUCUGGAAGCAGCAAGAGGAAUCUAAAGGCUGUGGGAAAGGAAUGAGCACAUUUGAACCCUGGCACUUUAAAAUCUAUAGAAAAAGUAUCAUGUACAUAGGAACUGUGUAGAUACGCAUGCCCUUAGAAUAUCAUUUAGGCCCAUUAUUCCUCUGGAGAGACAUAAGCAAAGGGGGAUCAGUUUGUCCCUGUCCUAAUGCCUUCCUCUCUAGACAUCCCAGUGCUCCUAUAAACCAUCCUUAGGCAAUCGAGAGAGGACACCAGUGGUGCUGUUGCCUCCCAGGAACAGUGUGGCUGUUUAGAGUUGCCUGGAUGUUUUGUGUGUAUAAGACUUUAAGGGCCAAGUUUCUGUGCUUGAAGGCAGAGCUGGAACAAUCAGCGUUCACCCACCCCAAUGUCAAGGAAACCCCGGUGACUGCUGCACAGCAGGGCGGUGGGAUUUCAGGCUGAAGGAUGAGCAGUACCUUUUUUGCCCUCCCUGCCUCCCUCCCAUCUCCCUGCCACAUCCAAUAUUUGUGUUUCUGAGAAUUAUGUCCACAGGGCCCUGCUUUCUCCUUGCAUUAAUGAUCUCUUCGGGUUCCCAUGCAGUGCCCGAACCAGAUCAGUGAGGUAGGUUCAGGCGAAGUUGCAGUUGAGACUCUGAGGACAGGAACUCCUGUGUCGUCUCGUCAUCUGUGCGUUAGUUUUCAGAGCAAGUGCUUGCCUCUGCUUGCCUCUAGCUGUGCAUUCAGCACCUAAGACUGGAAUUAUCAACUACUGAAUCUACUAUGUGGAUUGCUGCUAUUUCAAGCUAUUACACUUGAAACAUUAUGAUUUUCCUGAGGGGAGAUGGGCUGUCAUCUAAAAAUUUAGAGUCUUUGGCCCUUCUGGGGAAAGAUAUGCUCGUCUUUUUCCCAUUAAACCAUGGGAAACCCGGCUUCUGGAGGGUUGUCCCUGGAUGUGUGUGGAUAUGUGUGUGUGCCCAUGGGUGAGUGUUCUCAGGAUUCCUAACUUGAUUCAAAUUACCGUUGGAUUUAUAUAAAGAAUGAGUCUCUGUAUAGAAGAACAGAUGUGUGCAUUCACCCUCAGUUAAAAUGGUCUCCAUUUCAUUUCAAAGGAGAGGAUCAGACUAUCUGAAUAUAAACACAAUUUGAUGUUAAUUUAUUCUAAGUACACCAUGAUUUUGAUUGUCUUAAAGAAUUCUGCCUUUGUUAAUACUGUGUUAAAUUUUUUAAAAAUUUGUGACAGGAUUGUAGCAAAUUAUUAUUUAAGGAAAAUAAAUUACGUAAAAAUCUUAA